AUGGCCGUGGGGGGCCUUCUGCGGGGCCUCGUUUCGCCGGCGGGGGGAGCCGCCGCCUGGCUGCCUUGCCACGAGCUCUUCGCCUCCUGGCACCACUGGCUCCCCUCGCUCCCGCGCCUCCGCCUGCCCGCAUCCGACGGCUUCAAGCUUCUCUUCGUGCUGCUUCUCUUCUCCGCCGCUCUAGCCGAGGUCCGCUACAUCGCCUCCUCCUCCAUGGCGCCAACGCUCCGCCCAGGCGACCGAGCCGUCGCCGAGAAGGUUACAUACUUGUUCCGGAGGCCAUCUAUUGGGGAUAUAGUGUUUUUCAAAGUGCCUUCUGCCGUACAGAAUUAUGGUGUCAAUAAGGAUGUUGUCUUUAUUAAGAGAGUAUUGGCAACACCUGGAGAUUUCAUUGAGGUUCGACAAGGGCAGCUUAUUGUAAAUGGUAUUGCACUGAAGGAGCAUUACACAGCAACCCAUGCGUUGUACACAAUGGAAGCAAUGCGCCUUCCUGAAGGUCAUGUAUUCGUCAUGGGUGACAACCGAAAUAACAGCUGUGAUUCUCGUGCCUGGGGGCCUCUUCCCAUUGCCAACAUCGUUGGAAGGUACAUGACGUCCUUUACAAGAUCCUCUUUCCAGUAA